UUACCUAAAAACACAAACAAAAAAGUGAAAAACCUCAUUUUAGGACAACACUUGCACUCAUUUCGUAGUUCUAAUCCCCACCUGCCGUUUUCUCUCUCCUCUUUCCUAACCUCAACUUCCAUCCAUGGCUUCUUCUUCCAAAUUCUCCAAACAUGAUCUUCUCUCUGCACCACCACCACCGCAACUUCAACCUCCAUUACAGCAACAACAGCACCAUCUCCCUCUCAGGAAAACCACCGACGCCAUUACCAACAAAAGGCGCAAGCUUCACAUCUCAAACCCUUCUGACAACCUCAACGACGUUAUCUCUCCUUCUAUGGAAGAACUCUCACUCUCCACCUCCUCACUCCUCACUCACCAAGAGCUCCUUCAACGUCGGCUUCAUCGUCUUCGCCGACUCUCAAAAGUUUACAGAGACCAUUACUGGGCGUUAAUGGAGGAUCUGAGGGUUCACUACCGAGAAUACUACUGGAAAUACGGUGUUAGUCCUUGCAAAGAGGAGGAUGAGAGAGAAAGUGGAGGUGAUCGAGAAUUCGGCGGAUUCAAUGUCGAAGGAUGUGGAGAAACUAACAAUAAUGGUAAUAAUACUAGUGCUACGAAUAUUGUAAGUAAUUGCGUUGUUGGCGGAAAUGGUGGCGGUAAAUUAGGGUUAGGGUUUGGGGAAAGUGCACCGGUGGCUGGAAAUAAUCCAUGUGCAUUUGUAACUUGUAGAUUGAAGGCUAUGGCGUUAACUAGCUUUUGCUAUUUGCAUAUUUUGUCUGAUCCUCAGCAGAAUCUUUACAAGGCGUGCAACUAUAUUAUCAAAAUUGCACAACAGGGGCCAAUACUAUGUGGGAGGCCGAUAUUAAGAUCUACAGUUCCUUCACUGUGUAACAUCCAUUUUCCAAAGGCUCAAAAAGAUGUUAAACAUGCCUUGAAGAAAGCAGGUUUAAAUGGGACAUCAUCUAGUAAACUUGCACCGAAGUUUCAUGUUAUCUUGGCGGAGUAUGUUCAUCUAAUACAGUCAAAGAGAAAGGCAGCUCAGAAGUGUAAUAAUAAGAGUGUUGUCAUAAAAGAAGAAGCAACCAGCUGAACGACUUUUUGCUUGGGAAUAACUUUCGAGCAUUCUUGUGCUAUGCAGUUGAGUAAAUAUACAUCACUUGAAUGCUACAGUUUGUCCUUUCCAGAGGAAACAUGCCAUCAUGCUACAGAGGGAUACUGGCAUACUUGAGGUACUCCAGAGCUUUCUCAUCACUCAUCUAUGUGUUCCGAAGAUAUAUGAUUUCAUAUCAUUCAAGUUCCUUGAGAACCCUCUAUGCAGUUAUCCUUUCGUAGUUUGGCUUUCGAUGUACUUAUGUUCACUUGUAUGAAAGAUUUACCUUGUUUAUGUUCUAACCUUUUUGUUUAUCGCAUGUCCAUCGCAUGUCCAGUAAUAUCAUGUACAUAUAUAGUAAGAAAGUUUGUAGCCUGUUGUGUGUAAAGUUAAAUGAACUUUGUGAAAAAGCAUUAGAGAUAUCUAGCUAGCUUCCGUAUAAUUUGACUGAAAUAUUUCAUUUCGCUUGUUAUAUGCACAUAGCACUUGAUAUAUGUCCAUUGAUGAUGAACUCUUGUUUAGCUGCAGGCAUCUUUUUUUUACCUAAAGAGAUAUACUGAUAGCCUGGGUGUUAUACAGCACCGGUUUUGUGGUCAUCAGUUAUGCCUUUGAACAGAUAUGGUUCUAGUUCUGACAGCUUUACCAGUCCUUCAUCAAGUCUGUGGAAUGUGGAAGUUCAAUUAAGAUUUCAUUUCAUUCUCGUCUUAAUAAUUAUAUUAGAUUAACCCCCAUCUACAUAUCCUGCAAAGCCAGUUAGAUUGUGAAUCUGAUUUAGGAAAUUGUUGUUCGGUAGCACCAGUUUACUCCUCUGCACAUCCUUCAACAGGGGGGUCGAGUCUGAAUAAUCUCUUUUGCAUGGAGCAGCCCUUGUUGAGUUUGAGACUGCUUCCAGAAGAAGGGUUCUUUAAAAUAUGUAUAUGAAAAAAAGAGGAUAGCCUUUGAAUAAAAAGGGGGAUCGAAAAUGAAAUUUAUAUCUUCUCUUUUUCUUUAUAGAAGUUCUAUUAAUUUAUUUUGUAUGAAUUGUGAAGAGAAGACACUCUUGGUGUUUUUUACAAAAGAUUAUGAAUAAAAUUAGAGGUGACCAAGCCAGACAAAAUUGCAUAUUAGAAGGUACACCCAUGUGUACCUUACUUGUAACUAUCUAUCUCAUUGUACUCCUAACAUAAAACAAAGUAGUAUUUUGUACUUUUAACCUGAAAAAACGUAGUGGACUGACUGAAAAACCUGAAGAGCUAAUUGUGAACAUUGAUGAGGGAGCAUAGAAGAUGAAGUGGCAGUUUUUUUGAGUAUGUUGAAGAAACUACAAGUUCUACGAGAUGCUGAGGACGAAAUUGAUGAGGGGAGCAUAGAAGAUGAACUGGCAGUUUUUUGAGUAUGUUGAAGACAUUACAAGUUGUACAAGAUUGCUGAGGAAGAAAGCUGAGUGCACUGAACCAACAAUCCCUCUUGGACAGGAAAUCUCAAGCAUUACACUUGGCUCCUCUGAAUGUUAUACAACAAUCAUGCAUGUUAAAUAUACAGUGUAUUAACAGAUGAUGUGAUAUAUGAUGUGCAGGUAAUGUGCUAGGCUGUUGGUAAAGCUUUCAUAUGGCGCACCGCAAACCAAGCUGAUGGAAGUUUCAUUCUCAAAACCAGCUCUGAAGUUAACCUUCAGUCUCCUGCCAAAAGCCUCAGCUUCAUGAGAUUAUUUACUUCUCCGUUUUUGUUUUUACUUGCAACACUUUCCUAAAAGGGAAAUAAUUAAUUACUUGUAACACUUUCUACUUUUGUUUUUCCUUUCUCUCUAUCUUUCUCCAAUCACAUGGGACCUUCUCUUUUUUUCCUCUCUACCUCUCUCCUACCCAAAUUUUACAUUGGAGUUGAUGAAAAAAAAGUAUUGCAGGUAAAAAAAAACUGAGGAAGUACGGGAGUUCAUUGCAAAACAGCACUAGUAGUUUUUUGUCAUUAAGUUUCUGCCAUCAAUUUUGUGAUGGCCUUCUGUACUUUUAUUGAUAAUUCAGUUUUGUAACCAGACCUUAUAUUAAUGGAGAAAUUUUUAUUCACGUUA